AUGAAAAAUCACUUCAGCGGCGAGCCCGCUGAUGAGGGACUGCUUACUGGAGUUUCGGAAGCUGUGCCCCGCAUCGACAGGUUCUUCAUGGCAGGGCUCGUCGUGGCACGCCAUGACUCUUUUGCCGAUUACACUGAGUACAUGAGAUCUUUGCGCUUGGUUUCCCCCUUGCCGAUGGGAGAACAGGCUGGCGACAUCAGCAAACAGACCUGUGCAAGGUUGGUGGUAUCGAUGGCGCGACCUUUGUACGAUCACGACGUUGCUGUGCUGAGAAAGUCGACCAUGGCGUCCAUAGCCUAUGACGUCAGGGACGACCUGAUGUUAGUCAUAGGAAGAGUGUUCUUUGAAGGAUUGAAUAGUCCCCAUCUUCCGCGUGUUGGGGUGUACGAGUUCCUGGUCGGUUGUCAGCGCGUGGGCGGGACUGGUGGAUCUCGUGGAAGCGCGGCAUCAGUGGAAAGAAUCUGCAAGGACCUUUGCCGAACACCUCAUGGCAGGGAGCUACGCUUGGAUGAAGAUCUUUGGGCACACUUUCAGGCAGGAGGGAAUCAAACGAACGAAGUCUUCAGCAACAUGAACCUCAUCUCCCGGGAUCGGGCUCACCGGUCCAGGAGCGUCAUAAAGAAUUUGUUCGACGCCCUCAACAGCUUGUGUGACAAUCUUUUGUCUGCCUUUACAACGGGCGAGCAAUCCUUGGCGAGGAUGUUGAAGAACUCAGCCAAAUACUCCAACAUCUUUCAGGCGGAGCAAGCCCAGUCUUUUCGCAAAGCGGUCAAGAAUAUGUCCUUCGCUUUGCAAAGGUUCGACUCGCUGUCCGAGCCACUUUUCAAAAUUUUUCUCCAUUUCCCAUCAGUCCUGCGCUUUCUGGGGGCUCUCACAAGAGACGGCGACCCGGAGGAUGCACGCUGGUCAAGAAGGCUAUUGACGCAGGUCACGGGCCUGCAGGGCUUUCGAAAGCUGAUGACGGCAGCUCUGGCAUCUGAUGCUUUGAUGAUGGCUCAACGUUUUCUUCGGCAGGAUGAUCGUGCGGACACGGAAGUGUUCUUGAAGCUUGGGGAGGCCAGGUAUACAACAAAGCUUGAAGGCUCGUGGGUGGUAGCAGUACUUACUUCGUGUAGCGUAAUGCAGGUGCUGGAGCUUUUGCACAGCGUGGAGAUCAUGUUUGCCGACCACUGCAUUUUUGAUGCUGUUCAAGCACCUGACACUGUGACACAACGAACUCUGCGCAUGUUGAACGAGCUGGGUACCAUCCCUUUUCGGGAAGGGGGCAAGGACCGAGUCUGCAGCAUUCCAGUCGGCGAGACUGCGGAGCUCCAUGAUGUGGCGAAGCAGAUACAUGAGCUUUUUUCAGCUUUCGUGAAUACGAACUUUCCAGGUUAUGAACAAAUGAACGCCUUUGCAGCCUUGCGACUGGAUAGAACGCUUUCGUGGAAGCAGCGUCAAACGCUGAUGUCGAAGCAAUUGGUUGGACCUUCAACGGCCGCAGGCUCCGAACCCUCAUCAGGCAUCUUCGCAAGGGCGCUGUGGUUCUUUAAGAACUUUGCUACGGCUGGCAAUGUUCCCGGGAUGCAGCGCAUGCUGGACCAGUACGGCGCUUCGUCUGCGGCCUGGAUCCGUACUCUGGGAGACAUGACACCGCAGCAACGGCGAGAUCGACCACUCGCUGUCCAGCUUAUCAUCAAGGCGCUGACGGUGCAGUGCGGCACCCAAAGCGUGGAGCGGUACCUGGGCGAGGUGCGUUUGGCAGAGCUGAAGCACCGCGCACGAGCCCUCGGAGCUGACACUUUAGAAUCAUCCGUGAAGCUGAAUGUGCAGGAUUUCACUGGCCGUCAACCAGGAAAAGCGUUUAAUCCCGAUUCGCUCUUCCGCUCAGCUGCUGAGAGUAUUGAGAAAGGCGUUCGGUAUAGAGCAAGCAACUUUGGCUUGCAAUGCCAAAACGCCUAUCGACGGCUCUAUGGCGAGAAGCAAGACCCCGGCAGAAGUCUUCUUCCAUCAAGUGCCCGGGGUUCAGAUCAUCAUGAGGGCAAACCCAAACUCACUCGGGUGCGUAAGACUGCUGGACCUGCGAUGGAAACUCUCAAGCAGGCAAAAGACAUGCAUACCAAGUCGGUGAGCCAAGCUGUCGCAGCUGCUAGCAAAGACACAUCUGCUGCUUUGGGAGCCGUGGUUCAGGCACAUGCGGAUGUUGCAAGGGCCAGGUUGGAUGCAAGCACGAGUGCAAGCAGCAAGCGCGCGCAACCAGAUGAUGGGAAGAAACUGUGUACUGUCGGCGACAUCUUGAAUGAGCAGUCUGCUUUGCAGCAGAAGAACCGUCAGUUGGUGCAGAGUUUGCCUUCUCAGGAGCCAGUGCCUUAUGUCGAUGGUGCUGGUCGGCAGUACAGGUAUAAACUUCCAUCUGCUCCGAAAACCAGUCUCCUGGCUCCGCCGCUUCCAGAGAAAAUUCGCUUCAUCUGCGAUGCCGCUGUUCGUUUGCCAGUGUGGCGCCGGUAUAUUCUGGCCGGCUCUGCCGAAGAUGCCCAUGCAGCACUGGUGGAGGAUCUGUCCGCUUCCUUGUACAGCCCAGUGGCUCUGCUGGCAAGGUUGCACGGAUUGCGGCUUGUGGACAAAGUGUGGGUCAGAUCCAAGAUGAGAGAAGGCAAUGCCCUGUGCUUUGGACCCGCGCUCCAGAUGCAUUUAUAUCUCUAUCUUGCUGAUUCUUUCUUUGAGAAGCAUCCUGAGCAUGCCUCUAUCUUGAUGGCGCAUGGUGCUCAGCAGCGCUUGGUGGUUCGGAGAGGCAUCCCUCCAUCGCCGCCGAGACAUCCGAGGCUGACGUUUCUUGUUACUGCUGCGUCUGCAUCCAGCAGCAGCAGCAGUGCAAUUGCAGAGCUUGAUCUGGAAGCUUUGCUUGAGAAGUUGACCUCGCUGAUGCAGCCACGCUCCGCCGAGUGA